AUUUUGAUAAAUUCAACUGCAUAUUCAGCAAUCUGCAUUUUUUUAUCUUCUCAAAAGCCACAGAUUAAAGAAGCACAAGUUUUAUGCCAACAGUCUAUGAAGAAGUCUUUUGUCAGCACAUCCUUUAUCCCAUCAUUCUGAGUCAUUUGGAGAAACCACCAACCAUUUAAGUGAGAUUUCAUCAUUUGGUACAAUCCAUAACAUAUUCUGCAAUCGACAUUGAUUUCCUUCUCAAAAUCCUUAAAUUGGAGAGCAUAUGUUUCAAGCCAGCAGCUAAAAGUACAUUUGCCAUAUAUCUGUGGAGAAGCCUGUCCCCAAGCAUAUCUUCUCUUUCAACAUUCGAAGUAUUUAGAGAAAGCACAAGCAACUUAAACCAGAGACUAUAUUAUGGAGAACUUUGUAGGGCCAAUCAUUGAAAUUGUGAAGUCCGUUGGUGGUCCAAUUGUGAGGUACCUAAAAUAUCAGAUAAAGUUCAAUGGUGAUUUAGAACAAUUCAAUGCAAGGAAACAACGCUUGUGUAACCGAAAGGAUGAUAUUAAAUCCAUAUUGGACACACAGCUUCACUAUGGGAAAGUUGCAAAGGAGGAAGUGCAAACAUGGUUGGAGGAAGCAGAAGAGUUUAUUGCUAAAGACAUUGCAGCUGAAGUGAAUGGUUGGGGAUGUCUCUCAUGUUGUUGUCGAGUAAAGGUUCUACAGGAAAGGGCUCGAGAAUUGCAGGAAAUAUAUGAAAGAGGGGAUAGUUUGGCUAACAAGUGUUUGGUCAAAGAUGAUCCAUCUACUUCAGGAGUGAAAUUGCCAGCAUCAGAAUUACAAGGUAGUGGAGAUGUCAAAGAAGAAAUUUUGGCAUGCUUGAUGGGAGAUGAGGUGACAAAGCUUGGUGUUUGGGGAAUGGGGGGAGUUGGAAAAACAACAAUCAUGGAGAAUGUCCACAACGAGUUGUUGAAAGAAGCCAAAUUCAAGAAAAUAAUUUGGGCAACAGUGUCACAACCCUUUGAUAUCUACAAAUUGCAAGAGCAAAUUGCAUCCACCUUGAAGGAAGAAGAUACACGUAAGCAUCCAAAUGCAACUGUACGUGCAGGAAUGUUAUUAAAGGUGUUACAAAGACACAUGCCUUACUUGUUGAUUCUAGAUGAUGUAUGGGAGAGCUUUGAACUUACAGCUGUUGGAAUUCCUGAGCCAUUCAAAGGUGAUGGUUGCAAGUUGGUAUUGACUACAAGGUCACGAGAAGUUGCUCGUGGAAUGGAUUGUGAGAUAAUUGAAGUGAAGACUCUUCCAAAAGUUGAAGCUUUAAAAUUGUUUAUAAAUAAAGUUGGAGAUAUUGUUUUAUCAGAUCAAGGGUGCAUUAAAGGAGCUUUAGAAUCAACUUUAAAGGGGAUUGUAGAUGAAUGUGAUGGCCUCCCCUUGGCAAUUGUUACAGUUGCUGGUAGCUUGAAGAGAGUAUCUGAGCCACGGUUGUGGAGUGCUGCAUUGAAUCAAUUGAGAGAAUGCAAAAGAAAAGUAGCAGGUACAAAUGAUGAUGAUGCAUUUGGGAUAUUAAAAUUUAGUUAUAAUCGUUUGGAAUCCUCAAAAUUCCAACAUUGCUUUUUAUGUUGCGCAUUGUAUCCUGAGGACCACAAUAUCCCAAUACAUUCUAUAAUUGAUUAUUGGAUUGAUGAAGAGCUAAUAGAUGAAAAGGAGACUGUACAAGCAAUGGAGGAUGAUGGCCUUUAUAUAUUGAGGAAACUUGUAGACAAUUGUUUGUUGGAAUCCAGUAAAAAUGAAUUAAGGGAGGAUAGUGUGAGGAUGCAUGAUCUUGUUAGGGAUAUGGCACUGCAAAUUACAAAAACGAGUCCUCGGUUCAUGAUAGAAGCUGGCAAGGCAUUGACAAAGCUACCUGAGAAGGGAAAAUGGACGGAAGAACUUGAAAAGGUUUCAUUAAUGAGGAAUAAGAUAGAAGAAAUUCCUUCAAGUAUCCUAUCUUCAAAAUGCAUCAUGCUCACAACUUUGUUGUUAUCCUAUAAUAAUUUGUCAAUAAUUUCAGAAUCUGUUUUUGAGCAUAUGCCUGCGCUCAAAAUUCUUGAUCUUUCCCACAAUUCUAGGCUGAGGAGCUUGCCAAGUUCCAUUUCCAAAUUGGUGAAUCUCACUACACUUUUGUUGCAAUGGACAAACUUAACAGAGGUUCCAUCUUUUUCAGAGUUCGGAGCUUUAAAAAAGUUAGACCUUGAUCGGACAAAAAUCAAAGAAGUCCCUAAAGGCCUAGAAAUGUGUACAAAUCUCAAAUAUCUUAGUCUUAGAUCAUAUGGUGAGAUUGAAUAUUGUAGCAUAUUAGAUGAUGCAACAUUAUUAAAUCUCUCAAAACUACAGCGAUUAUUUGUGGAUGAGAGAACAGUGUUAAGAGUGGAAGUGAUAGAGAGAUUGGAGAAGCUGGAAGCUUUUCAUGGCAGGUUCCCUACAGUGCAUGACUGGAGCAUCUUUUUGAAAUGUGUUUAUGGUCAAGGAGAUCAGCUGAGUAGAUACUUUGUUAUAGUUGGAAAAUAUACUCACCCCAUUGGCGUGACCCUUCUUAGACGUUAUCGCACGGUGGAAUUCGGUGGAAUAGAUAUUGUUGGAGAGAAUAUAAUAUUGCCACCCUCAGUAGAUGGAUUAUGCAUUGGACAAUGCAACAACCUAAGAAGCUUAAAUGAUUUUUCUUCCAUUAAAGAUGCAACAGAUUUGAGGGGCUGCUGGAUUUGGAGUUGUAAAGGCAUGGAGUGUGUUUUUACCUCGUGGAUAAACCCGCUCGUUCAAACCCUUGAGGAAUUGAUUCUCGAGGGAUUGGACAAGUUGGAAGGCCUAUUUGACGCAGAAAUGAUUACCAUGUCCCCACCACCGCCACCUAGCACCUUUUCAUCUCUUAAAUUGAUUAUGCUUAGUUACUGUAAUAAAAUAAAAAGGUUGAUCCCGUCUUGGAAGUUGUUAGGGUAUCUCCAAAGUCUUGAGCAGAUUUAUGCCGAGAAUUGUAGAGAAUUGGAAGAAAUAAUAGCAUCAGAUCCAGAAGGAGGGGACAUCAUCAAGAAGCUCAUUCUUCCAAAAUUAAAAGAAUUGUGGUUGAUCAACUUGCCCGCAUUGAAGAGCGUCUGUAGCAGGAGUGCAGUAAUGGUAUGUGAUUCUCUUGAAGAUAUUAAGAUUGAAAAGUGCCAGUGCCUAAGGGAGAUCCCUCUUUCUCUUCCCCUGGUUGAUAACGCCCAACCAUCUCCUCGUCUUCCUCUCAAAAUAAUCAGACUAUAUCCACGAGAAUGAGGGGAAUCAUUGGCGUGGGACCAUCCCAAUGCAAAGAAGGUCCUUCGACCCAUGGUUCAAUUUUAUUAAUCGAUACGCGAUUCCCUCAAGACUCAUUUGACAAGCAGGAAGCAGACUCAGUCUUGUCUUAUUCGGGGGGCUUCAAAGGAUGUGCUUUUUACUUUCUAGUUUCUAUCCUUGUGUGGAUUUAAGUGAUUGUUGUGCUUUCAAUUUCAUAUUGUGUUUGUAUGUGAGAAUAAUUGUAUUGAAAAUGGGCUUCAAAGAAUGUGCUUUCUACUCAAUGUAAAUGUACAUAUAAAAUAUGUUGUCAGUCCAAUCUUUGUGAUUUAAGACGAAACUAGAAUUCCCACCCGGAACAAUAAAAUCAACAAUUAAUUCUCUUCUUCUGUUCUGUUAGUGUGAUAGCUUCCUGUUCAACUGAACUACAGAUGGUAAGAAUUCAAAUGUUUGAUUUUAAAGGUUGAGAGAAAUUUUGCAAGCCAAGUAUAAAGGUUGAGAACUCUU